AUGUAUUUUUUUUCACGGACUUUUUGUUUGCUUUUUUCUUUUUCAUUUUACUUUCUUCUUUACGUUCUUCCACACAGUUUUCUUUCAAAUAGCUACUUUCUUUCUUUCUUUCUUUCUUUCUUUCUUUCUUUCUUUCUUUCUUUCUUUCUUUCAAUUAAUCCUUUCAUCUUUCUCUCACCUUUUCUUUUCCCGCCUUUUGUCCUUUGUCCCCUUUUUCUUUUGCUUGUUUCAAAUGUUCCUCUUUUUUUGCUUUUAAUUUCCUUCCUUCCGUCCUUUCUUUCUUUCUUUUUUUCUUUUCUUUUCUUUUCUUUUCUUUUCUUUUCUUUUCUUUUCUUCCUUUCUUCUAUCUCUCCUUCCAUCCUUCCUUUUUUCCUUCCACAGUUCCUUCUUUCCCCAAAUCCUUUCUUUGCACCAAACAAUUUUCCUUCCUUCCCUGCACACUCCCUUCUUUCCACUCAUCUUUCCUCCCUUCCUUCCUCCUUCUUUCCUUCCUUCCUUCCUUCUAUUUGUAAAAAUUCAAUGUUUCAAGACACGUAA